UCUGUUCCUGUGCGGUCUGAACAUGGCGGCUACCGGAGCCGGGGCUCCCAGUCGCCUGGUCCAGUAUGUGGUGGUCCGCUCGGAUCUGGUUCAUAAGCUUUCGUGGCCCCUGGGGGCCGUGAUAACUCAGGCCUGUCACGCCGCUACCGCCGCCAUUCACCUGAACUACGAAGACCCGGACACGCAGCGGUACCUGGAGGAGCUGGACUCCAUGCAUAAAGUGGUGCUCGGGGCCCCAGAUGAGGCUGCUCUCUCCAGUCUAUCAGAGAAUCUCACACAGGCUGGUGUCGCCCACAAACUUUGGAUUGAACAACCAGAGAACAUCCCCACCUGUCUGGCUCUGAAGCCAUGUCCAAAAGAGACGGUUCAGCCGCUGCUGCGCAAGUUCAAACUCUUCAAAUGAGAGACCUUUAUCUUUCUAUGAACUUCACAGUGCAUGGCAGCUGAGAGGAAUGCACAGAGGCCACUCAGUAUCCAUUGUGGCUCAUGCAGAAGAAAUAUUACACAUGUAUUUAUUUUGCAAGCAUGUUAUAAGGUAUAAAGGGAAGAAGGAAAUUAUGUUGAUACACAAAUUAUGAUUUCAUGGACAUUUUAGUCUUAAUAAAAGCUGGACCGUG